AUGGCUGAAUACGACAAAAUUGAAGACCUCUCGCCUGAGCAAAUCAGCGAGAGAACGAGGAUGAUACAGGCGGAAACAAGGAUGCUUGGAGCUGAACUAAGCAGAGUGAAGAACGAUACGAUGAACAAGUCGAGAUUCAUUGUUGAAAACAUGGACAAAAUAAAACUAAACAAGAAUCUGCCCUAUCUGGUUGGAAAUGUGUUAGAGACAUUCAAAGACGGAGAUGGAAACAGUGGAAUUGUGAACUCGUCAACGAGGCAGACGAGCUACCUCGAAAUGCUUGGACUCGUUCCCACUGACGAGCUGAAGCCUGGUGACUCAGUUGCCCUUCACAAGGAAACAAAUGUCAUUUUUGAGAAGUUGCCUGCGACCUACGAUUCAAAGGUGCUUGCGAUGGAGUUGGAUGGGAAGCCAGCUGAAACGUACGACGACAUAGGCGGAAUGGAGAGGCAGAUUGAGGAGCUGACUGAGGCGAUUGUUCUACCACUGCUCUAUCCAGACCGAUUCAGCAAACUGAAUAUUCAGGCACCAAAGGGCGUAUUGAUGUAUGGGCCACCUGGAACAGGAAAGACGCUCAUGGCACGAGCAUGCGCAGCCAAGACCAAUGCCACGUUUCUGAAGCUGGCUGGGCCACAGCUAGUCCAAAUGUACAUUGGUGACGGAGCCAGAAUGGUACGAGAGACAUUUCAACUAGCAAGGGAAAAGAGGCCUUGUAUCAUUUUCAUUGACGAAAUUGACGCAAUUGGAACAAAGCGCAGUGCAUCGGACAAGACUGGAGAUAGAGAGGUGCAGAGGACGAUGCUUGAGCUGCUGAAUGAGUUGGAUGGAUUCACGAGUCAGUCUGAUAUCAAAAUCAUAGCAGCCACAAAUCGAGUUGAUAUUUUGGAUCCAGCCCUGCUUCGAUCUGGUCGAUUGGACAGGAAGAUCGAGUUUCCACUUCCAACAGAAGCAGGAAGAAAGAGAAUCAUGCAGAUUCACGCCAGAAAGAUGCAGGUUGACGACCUGGUUGAUUUCGAGGAGCUGGCUCGUUCGACUGAGGGAUUCAACGGUGCCCAAUGCAAGGCAGUUUGCAUCGAGGCUGGGAUGAGUGCAAUACGAGGAAACAGAACCAGAAUCACACAGGUUGACUUUGCCAAUGGAAUCAAUGACGUGCUAUCAAAGAAGAAGUCAAACAUCCUCUACUUCACAUAG